CUUAGAUUUUCUUGCUUUCGUCGCCACAGCCCUCCGUGAGUGACAUGUUCCAUCAAAACUCCGCAAGAUCCCUCUCCCACGCGUACCCCAUCUUCUCUAUCAGCACCUUAUGCCUCGCCCUCGCGGUACGCAGCACAAACCAGCACAAUCCCCAGGGCGCACUCAACACCUCAAAGACCUCAUGCACGGUACUCUCGCCCGUCGCCUGCUUAACAACCCACGUGCUCCUAGUCCUAGUAGUCAACCCCAACCCGCCCGCCUCCACAUCCAUCACCACCCCAUCGGCCGUAUCUCGCACCAGUGCGAUCGCCGUGGCAGUGAUGUGGAACAGCCCGAAGAACACCGGGAUGCGGUUCGUCAGCGUCCACAUGUCGGGCGCGGACGAAGACCGCGUGAACCCGCUGAUGUCCGGGUUUAUGCCGAAUACGUGCGGAGGGUGCUGCAGGAAGUUGAGGAUGUGCGAUGAGGUGAGCGGGAGCGUGAUCGAUGUCGUUAAGGACGCGCCCGUUGGGGACCGCUGCUGCGUCGCUGUCGCGCGAGGUAGAGGUACCAUAGUAUAUGUAGUAAGUGAUGGAGAGCUGUUGGGUGCUUGUUGUUUGUUGCUUGUUGCUGGGGUGCGUGGAGCUUGUUAGC